AUGAGGAAGCUCUCUGUACCAACGUGGCCCGACUUCAGUAUUUAUGCUGACCUGGUUUGCCCCUAUAAUGGACGGGAGUUAUCGCAUAAAGAAGACGGUCUAUCCGCAUUCCUAGGAGUCUUGAACUAUCUGGCUCCUGCAUUUCCUCAAGGCUUCUCAUUCGGGCUACCCAGGCUUUAUAUCGAUCAUGCACUACUCUGGCAGCCAUUGAGAGGGACCUAUCGUGUUGCAUGGAGCCCAGAAAGCGGCGGCCACAGGCCAAGCACCCCCGCAGCCCGAAGGCCCACUCUGCCCUCUUGGGCCUGGUGUGGAUGGCAAUGUUUUAUUGACCCCGAGAGCUUUCGAUCAGCUCUAAACAUUGGUCCAGAUGGCCACGAUAAACCAAGCAUUGAGAGCUCCUGGAAACUGCGAAAUACCGUCACUUGGGAACACAUGGCCUCAUCAGAAGAAUCUGCGCACGACACAUUAUCCAUACCGAAUCAAAUUUCAGCUUCGGUAGCUCGCGCAUUCUUUCUCCCUGUGGCAACCUUGGGGUUUCAAUAUGCGUCCACUAUGAGAAGAUCUGCAUUUUACUGGGCGUUCGCAAACCCGGUGUUAGUCGAUAACCCCCUAACUAGUCUGUCCAAGGUGGUUGUCGUUCGAGAUACAGCGGGAAAGUUUUCAGGCCUCAUUCGUAUCACAGGGGAUGCGACGUGUAGAACAGGAGAGCCCAUUGAGCUUAUUGCAAUCUCGCAAGGAAGUGUGAAGGGCAAACACUUUCGGAGCUCCUACGAGGAAAAGGUUCUCCAAAGGAGUACGUACGCAGAUCCAAGGCGUUUCCACGCCGUAUAUGAUCGCGAUGGGCGAUGGGUCGGUAGUGAGGAUAAGAUAUCCCGGGAAGACGGCCAUAACUACCGAGUUGUCCCUGAAGGAGAGUAUGAAGAGAGUCUUGAUCUGCCAGAAUAUGCAGAUGAUCAAGAGUACCAAUUUUACAAUGUUCUCUGGGUGCAGCGUGGAGAAAAUGAUGUGGCGUACCGGGCUGGCUGCGGACGCGUGUUGGCGGAAGCUUGGGAGAAAAGUAAUCCUGAGAACAUAAGAAUAGCUUUAGGUUAG